AGAAAGCAACCCUGUAUUUAUGCAUUUGACAUUACGCAGCUUGGAUUUUUCAAGAUAAAAAAUUCUAUCAACAUUUCUGCUUAAUUUAAUGAGUGAUUGUGAUUAUUACUUUCAUAUUUGUUACAAAUAACGAUACAUUGAGUUAAAAAAUAGAAAGCUGGAGAAAUAGUGAACAAUGCUUGCCUCUAAAAUACCACAAAAGGCAAUAGUAGCAGAGGCGCGUACUGAGUCCAGUUCACCAACUAAUGACAUGGCUUGGAAACAUUGGUGUCGAUUAUGUGCUAAAGAAGAUGAUGACAGUCAUUUGUGUGUCUUUCCAGAAAUCAAUGAGCCCGGAAAAUUAGUGGAUAGUAGUUUAGCUACAACAAUUGGCAAAUUUUUCUGGGUUAAUAUAAGACCAAACGACGGAUUAUCGAAUUAUGUAUGCCUUGAAUGUCACACAUUAGUGACUUCAUUGACGCAGUUUACGGAACGCGUUAAUAAAGUACAGGCUAUGUUCUGCGCAUUACAAAAUUCUGACCCUACUAGUACAAUGAAUCUGAGUGAAGUUAGACUACAAUACGGUUUAUUGGAUAUGGAAUGGGAUCAUAUAAUAAAGUCUGAACGAGUCAUUGAAAACAAGAAAACCAACAGUGAGAAACCAACCAGUGAUGUUGGUGAUUGGGAAUUGGAUGGUGAAGAUAAUAAAGAAGAUACAGAAGAAUUUGAGUUACAAGAAAAUAAAAAACGCAAAGCUGGUGAAAAUUUCUCCUUUGAACUUGUUAAGCGUGGAAUUAAAAGAAAGCGACAAGAUGUUGAACAUGAUGAAGUGGAAGAUAAUGAGGGAGACAAUAUGUUAACGUUUGGUGCACUAGUAGGCGAAUCUGAAGAAGAUACAGAAGAACAUUUUAUAAUCGAAAAUAUGACAACAGAAGAAGAGCUUGAUGAUGCUGAGCUACUACGUCAAUUAAGAGGAGAUGAUGAUGAGGAGGAAGAUGAAAAUGAACAGUUACAAGAUACAAAAAAGGAGGAACAUGAAGACAAAUUGAAAAGUGAAAACGCUGAAGAAGAUUGUGAAAAUUAUAACUUAGAAGAAGAAGAAGAAGAUAUAGAACAAAAUGAUGAUACAGACGAAUAUGUUGGUGGUGAGAAGUCAGCUCAAGUGAAUAAAAUUGAUUCAAGUAGUCGUGUGCGAAAGAAAAGACGAGGACGACAACCUAAAUAUCAAACAAGUACAGAACAUGCACCAGACGAAGCCGAGUCCGAUGAUGAUGCAAAUGAUAAUUCACAAACAUCAUACAAAUAUGAGUGUAGCAUAUGUCAGAAGAAGUACAAAAAUCCUACAUCAUAUCGUAAACACAUUAUGGAAAAACAUAACCAGGAACCAGAUAUACCCGAUUUCAAAUGUGAAACCUGCAAUAAAAUCUAUCCAACAGAACGUCAGUUACAAAUACAUGCGCGCACACAUCUCGCACUGGAGGACAAACUCGAUAUACCGUGUCCAUAUUGUGAACGUAAAUUCACCAAAGUGUCUGUUAUGCGGCAACAUGUGCAGGGAAUACAUGAAAACAAGAAACCGUAUAUUUGCGACGAAUGUGGGCGUUCAUUAAAAACAUUAGCGGCAUUAGCCGAGCAUAAGCUAGUGCAUACCAAUGAUACACCAUUCGAAUGCGAAGUGUGCCAGCGAGCUUUCAAGAAUAAAGCACGAUUAAAGGUACAUUUGGAGACACACAAUGACUCCUCCUACAUCUGCACAGAGUGCGGCCUUAAGUUGAACACGCGACGUACAUUAAAAAUGCACAUGCUCGUGCAUUCGGAUGCCAAACGUUACAAGUGUGAUUUCUGUCCUGCCGCAUUUAAACGCACUAAAGCAUUGAAAAAUCACUUAAUCCUACACACCGGCAUGCGGCCAUACAAGUGUAAUUUCUGUGAGAAAACCUUUUCGAAUGGCUCCAAUUGUCGUUCGCACAAAAAGAAAAUGCAUGCACUAGAGUUGGCCGAAGAAGAGGCAAUGGGUAAGAAAGCCGAAGCUGUAACAGUGCCGAAAUUGGAGGAGCUGCGUUCGAGCACCAAUGUUGUUGGCAAUCCGCGUCGUGUGCAGCGUCAUCAGGGCGGUUUACCGUUGCAUAUGCGACAAUUGUUAAUCGCAGCUGAGGAGCGCGCAAAACGUGACGAAACCACGAAGCACACGAAUGGCACACAAUCCAAUGCUACACUUGAAAUGCACGAGGAAGACACAGAAACACAUUCGAAGGCGGUUUCUACAAUACAUUUAGAGGGUGACGACGACUCAGAGUUUAUUGAAUUGAAUGAAGAUUUGCUGCGUGAUGACGAUGACGAUGAUGAGGAAGAGGAUGAUAAUGAAAUGGUUGUAUAUGAAAUAAUUGCUGAAAUAUAAGAAUGAAUUAUUGAUUACAAAUACAACACAAAUUAACGAAAGAGAUGUGGUAGGUGAAUGCUACACAACUAUGUGUAAAUUCUUCCUAUAAUGUUGAAAAUUAACUUUUGAAAUAUAUGUAGCAUUUUAAAAAUGUUAAAAUGAAAAAUAAUAAUUAUUUUUUAAUAUUAUAAUAAAUUAACAUAUGUAGAUACAUAUGUAUAUAAAAUUAAUGAAAUUUAAAAAUUAUUUUUAA